AUGGAGAAAGAACUUGCGGUGGGCUGCAGUAGUAGUACUUCAAUCGGGCAAGUGCCGAACAACAUCCUGGUGGAUAUCCUUUCUCGCCUUCCGAUCAAAUCUGUGAUUCGGUGCAGGUGCGUCUGCAAAUCAUUUCUUUAUGCAAUCUCUCAAGAUCCCGAAUUCCCUCCCUUACACUUGUCCAGAUCCCCUACCGAGCUCAUACUAUGCCCCGUCAAUGAACAUCUUUUUCUCGUGGAUUACGAAAACGAUCGAAAUCACCAUCUCCGUAUCCUCCGCUUCGACGGAUCUUAUCCUAUCAUGCCCAUCAACUCGACCCGCGGCCUGCUAUGCUUCGACAUGAGGUUUUCCUCCAGAUCCCUUGUCGUCUUGAAUCCUGUUACUCUCGAAUACACUCUCAUCCCGCCUCCUAUGCAUUUCAUAAAUAAAGAAAACUUGUAUAUAGUGCGUUCCGGAUUCGGGUACAGUCCCAUGACUGAUAAAUACAAGGCGUUAGCGAUGGUAGAGUAUACAAAAUCAAAAUUUAGUACUACUACUCUUACUGCCAUUUACACUGUCGGAAGCCCUUCUACCAGUUCUUGGAGGAUAAUUGAGGAUCCUCCCGAGGUUUUGUUCGACCCGUCAUUUCCUUCAUACCUGAACGGAUCUUUGCAUUGGAUAGUGACAAAGAAUUCUCGUGAUUACAUUCUUUCUUUCGAUUUUGAUAAUGAAAAAUUCGGAGAAAUAGCUAUGCCACCUCCUUUUGACAUUGUGCAAGAGAACCACGUGACCAACCUUCUUGUAUUUGAAGGUUGCUUGAGUGUAUGCAUGCAGCUGAUCGAUAAAAAAAGAGUUGAUGUUUGGGUGAUGAAGGAGUACGGGAUUAGUAAAUCGUGGUUCAAAGAGUUUGUUGUGGAAACUCCAGACAAUUCCUGGUCUUCAGGUGCGUUUCCGUUGAAAUAUGUGAACAGUGAUAAAGAGGCAGUAAUAUUGACUUUUACGAGUGAGCAGGCUUUGGUUACAUACAACCUCAUUGAAAAGAAGAUUGUAAACUUGAAUGUGCUUCCAUUUCAUAAUGGUAUAUUAAAUCCAUUGAUGCAUGUUCCCAUCUUGCUACCCCUCAAGGAUCUAAUAAUCGGAGCUGAGGUUCAUCUCAUAACUGAUGCAAGCCAAAUGGUACAUAUCAAUUUGGUUCUUGACUUUAAGAUGUACUUUCAUAGAGUUCUCAUGCAAAAUGCCUUAAUUUGA